CUAAAAAAAUCAGUAGAAUAUUUAAAUUUUAGUCUCCAGAAAAAAUUUUAGGUCUGCUUCUUCCCUAAAAGCCAUGCUUCAGUUAUUAAGUCUUGUAAAAUGGUCUCGGCUGAGAUUCCAAAGGAUUCCAUCAGUAACCAAUGCAAAUUUUCGUUACAUGUCCUGUAAAUCUAAAAAGCCAGAAGGAGGCGAUAAAGACAAAAAAGGAGCUAAGGAAGGAGGGUGCAAGGAAGGAGGCAGCAAAAAAGAAACGGAUCACACUAAAAUUAGUGGCGGAGCCAAAUGCCAAAAAAAGAAGCAGGGCGGUUCAGAGGAAGAACAAAAAAAUGCCGAUCAGAAACUUUGCGAAAAGUUAAUCGAAAAACGUGAGAAGGCAAGUGAAACGUCAAAAGAUAAGGGUAAAGCUGAGGGAAAAGGCAAAGCGCCGUGCGCACACGCCCAGGCAGCUUCAGCCCCAAAGUGUCCGUGCAAGCCGUGCCCCACACCACCACCGUGUGAGGGCCAUGCGAAAAUGUGGCAGAGAAUCACCUUGAUGUGUGCACUACCAUUGAUAGCCAUACUGUCAGUCCUUGUCCUAACCGGACAUCAUGAGCAUGAGCGGCCCGAAUUUAAAAAGUGGGGACACAUGUAUGUGCGCACAAAGCCAUUCUACUUCGGCGACGGGCUUAGGAGUCGCUUCCACAAUCCUCACGUGAAUCCUUUGCCGGAUGGCUAUGAGGAUGAGAUCGAUGUGGAGGCCAUUGGCAAGACACCCGAGACGGACAAGGAGAGGGAGGAACGCCUGAAAGAAUUUGGAAAGUUGAAUAAGACCUGGCAAAAGCACAAUAAGAAUCGGGAGGCCGAAGCUAAGAAGCGACAGGCAGCAGCCGACAAGGAAGCCAAAAAACAGCUGGAGCAGGCCUUGAAAGAAGAGAAAAAACAACAAGCAGAGGAGGCCAAGGAGCUUAAGCGACUAGAGGCCGAAGCUGCCAAGGAGCGCAAGCGACUAGAGGCCGAGGCUGAGAAGGACCGCAAGCAACAGUUGGCCUUCAGUGAAAAGGAGCGCAAGCGACAAGAGGCCGAAGAAAAAGCUGCUGCCAAAGAAGCCAAGGAGAUGAACUAUGAGUUCACCAAGGAUGAGCCUGAGGAAUCUGAUCCCCAAGAAGACUUCAAUUCAACGAAUUCAAUCUAAAUAGUCCUGAAGCAGCUGGCGUCGAAGCAUAAUAAAAUUUUGGUGUGAUAAAAUA